CCCCCGGCUCCAGCGUGCCCGGCGUCCCGCGCUUGGAGCGCAGAGUUAAGUCGCUGGCUUGUUUCAGCCCGUCCGCUUCGUGCGCUGGUUGGCCCUUGGCAGAAUAGACAUGACUUGUGAGAUGAAAUACAAAAUAUUGGACAGCCCUUUGGGGAAGAUAGAGCUGUCUGGCUGUGCGCAAGGCCUGCAUGGGAUACGGACUCUUGGCAAGAGGAGCCCCAGUGCUGGCCCCUUGAUGGCUCCAUCCACCCCUGAGGAGCUCGGCGGGCCAGAGGGAAUGACCGAGCCCCUGAGGAAGUGUGCAGCCUGGCUGGAUGCCUACUUCUGUGAGCCCACGGCCACAGAGGGGCUCCCCUUGCCUGCUCUCCACCACCCCGUGUUCCAGCAAGAUUCGUUCACCAGGCAGGUGUUAUGGAAGCUGCUGACGGCGGUGAAAGCUGGAGAGAUGGUUUCUUACCAGCAAUUAGCAGCCCUGGUGGGCAACCCCAGAGCAGCUCGCGCAGUGGGAGGAGCCAUGAGAAACAAUCCCGUCCCCAUCCUCAUUCCCUGCCACAGGGUGAUCUGCAGUGAUGGAACCAUGGGAAACUACUCCGGAGGACGGGGUGUGAAGGAGUGGCUGCUGGCCCACGAAGGUGUCCAGGGCCACGUAGAUGUGUCCACAUGGAAUCUGUCGGCCCUGGCCCUGUCGUCAGUACCCUACACACAGAUGACUAAGAACAGAAGCCUGCAUGGCACUUCUGAAAGCCCCCAGUGUGUGUGGUCAGUGGCAGCCAAGAGACUGGGGACCGUCUCCAGAAUGGACUCAGGGUCCCUCGUGCAACCAGGAAAUGCACCCACGCCCUGUGCACCCAGGAGACAUGGCAGGAGCCCGAGAGCCUAGAGUGAAAGACCGACUCGUGGACCAUGAGACGGCUAGAAGGGCUGGAAGAUCCCAUGUUCAGCUACCUGGGCUCCUGGACUACACGUGGCCCACAUGGGCUUUUGGACUCCACAUGGUGUUCUUCUCUUCUCCCCAUGUUUUCUCCCCUCACCUCCCAGUUUUCUCCCUCCC